GCAUUAAGCAGACGCUCUCCUUGACUAGUCACAAUAGCACCUGCUGAGGUGAAAAUGCUCUAGAUUCAAAUCUCAUGACAGCACAGGCUGUUCGGGGAGUUAUGAGCUCAUUCAGGGACGCGUUCUGGGGGCCUACAGGUUUUGAGGAGCUGCGUCGCCUGUUGAAGCAGGGAGCUGAUUUCUCUAAGGAAGUGGUCAGCAUUUUGCAGGAUCGGUCUGAGUUGGAAGCUGGGCAUGCGAAGAGUUUGGCCAAGCUCUCUCAGCGCCUUGCUCGAGCAGCCAGGGAUGCCAUUGGCACAAGUGCAGCAGCUUGGCAAGAAGUGGCCACACAGUUGGAGCGGGAAGCCCAGCUUCACAGGGUUCUGUCGCGAGGCCUGUCGGAGGGAGUGUGUGGGCCCCUGCGAGCCUCUUGUGAGGCCCAGGCCGGGCGACGCAAGAAUCUCGAGGCGGCUGUAGAGCGCCGUGCACGGGCCGUGCGGGAACGUCGAGCCCUUCAGGACCGGACUAAACGCCACGCCCACCAGUGUGCCCGAGCCAAUGAGCAGGCCCAAGGGCGGGCACUCGAACCCCGCUCCACCGAUCGAGACCUGCACAAGCUGGAGAGCAAGCGGCGCAAGGCCGAGAGUGCGCUGAGCAAGGCGGAAGGUGAAUACUACGGGGCCUGCAUGUCGGCCGAGCAGGCCCGCCAGGAGUGGGAGACCCUGCUGUUCCAGACAGCGGGCUGGCUGCAGGCCCUGGAAGAGGAGCGCCUGCAGGCACUGAACACUGCCUUAUCCAGAUACGCACAGCACUUGAUGCACAUGGCUCCGCAGACAGUGCAGUGUGCCGAGUGCGUGCAGGCACAGACAGCAAAUGUGGAUGCCAAGCAGGACAUUGAAGACGCUGUACGCCUCAGAGGCACUGCACCCAAUGUGCCUGAGCAGUUUCUGCCAGACUUCUACGCCGAAGAUCUCUCCAGUCCCAUGCAGCCCCAGAGACGCAGGGAGGCCCUAGAGAGGCUGUUGCAGCUGCUACAAAAGGACCUGGACACUGAGCGACGAGGAAAACAAGGUGUGGAGUCCCUAGCCCAGGCCUUCAGGGAAUCUCCUCGGUUUGGUGAUGAGGAAGCCCAGUUGCGGGUCCAGGAGAAGCUUCAACAGUUGAGGCAAAGCCUGGCAUUUCUGGAGGCAUCUCGCCACAAGGUGCAGUGUUGCCUGGCAGGCCUGGACGGUCAACCAAGGCCGCCACACCCACUGGCUCCACAUUUAGAGCAGCGCAGGGAUCGACAGGGUUUGGCACAGACAGUGCUUAAGAUCCCGCCCUGGCUACAGCGGCGUUCCUCCAGUGCCGAGGAGUGGGACCGCGGGGCAGCCGACGGGGGUGCUGAGGUUGAGGAGCCAGAAGAGCAGCCGUAUGCCAAUGUGUUGCCCUCACAGUGCCGAGCCUUGUAUGACUACCAGGCCACCAUGGACGACGAGCUCAGUCUGUGCUCAGGUGAUGUGGUGACGGUGCACAGCCGUGCUGAAGAUGGCUGGUGGCAUGGUGAAAAAGAUGGCCACUGGGGCGUCUUUCCUGCCAGCUAUGUCCAGGAGCUGCAUUCAGAUAGAGUUGAGGACAUUCUUUGAUGGACUGCUUUCUACAUUUGCUGCCACAGC